UUGUUACUGACAACCUCAUGCUAAUCGUAUUAGCCUACGUUAGCUCAACCGUCCCGUGGAAGGGACACCGAUCCCGAAGAAGUCAACUGACUUGCCUAGUUAAAUACAUUCCAAAGUAUAAUUUCACCUGGUCAUCUAAGUCGGGCAUUUCAACAGUGGCAAGCACAGCAUUCUCCCUCCAAAUUUGUGACAUUGUGUUGUGUGACAACUGCACAUUUUAGUGGCCUUUUAUUGUCACCAGCACAAGGUGCAUCUAUUUAAUCAUCUUCUUGAUAUGCCACACCUGUCAAGUGGAUGGAUUAUCUUGACAAAGGAUAAAUUGCUCACUAACAGAGAUGUAAACACAUUUGAGCACACCAUUUGUGAGAAAUACGCAUUUUGUGCAUAUGAAACAUUUCUGGACUUGAAUUUAAGCUCAUGAAACAUGGGACCAACAAUUUCCAUGUUGUGUUUAUAUUUUUGUAAAGUGUAAUUUUUCUCUUCACUUGUAAUUUUUUUCUUUUCACUAAUACUCUCCCGACCGUAGAUUUCUUACAUACACCACCACCCCAUUCCCGAAAAUGGAUUGCGCCUACAGACAGUGAGUCACGUGGCGGUGCUUGCUUUAUAAAGCAGGCAGACGGGCAUCCAGUUUAACGAUUCGAUUUAAUGUUAGAAUGGGUAAAAAGAGAGAUCUAAGGGACUUCGAGCGUGGUAUGAUCGUCGGUUCCAGGCGCGCAGGGUCCAGUAUAUCACAAACGGCCGCCCUCCUGGGCUUUUCACGCACGACAGUGUCUGUGGUUUACCGAGAAUGGCGCGACAAACAAAAAACAUCCAGUCAGCGCCAGUCCAGUGGGCGUAAACAGCUCGUUGAUAAGAGAGGUCGGAUGAGAUUGGAAAGAAUCGUGCAAACUAACAGGCGCGCUACAAUUAGACAAAUAACGGCGCAGUACAACAGUGGUGUGCAAAACUGCAUCUCUGAAUGCACAACUCGUCGAUCCUUGUCACGGAUGGGCUAUUGCAGCAAACGCCGGGCAAAUGAGGAGUGGAAAAACACCGCCUGUGUAGAUAAGGUACGGGAACUUGUCCUGGACAACUGCAGAUCAAAUGAAGGGAAAAUCGAAGGCCUCACAGAAGAAUUCGUCAAUCUGGAAUUCCUCAGUUUGAUAAAUGUUGGCUUAUUGUCAGUUUCCAACCUUCCCAGACUUGGGAAACUCAAAAAGUUGGAACUCAGUGACAACAGAAUCUCUGGUGGCCUUGACGUGCUAGCAGAGAAACUCCCCAACCUCACACAUCUAAAUCUAAGCGGGAACAAACUGAAAGACAUCAGCACGUUGGAACCUUUGAAAAAGCUGGAUAGCCUGAAGUCUCUAGACUUGUUCAACUGUGAGGUGACCAACCUGAACUACUACAGGGAGAGUGUUUUCAAGCUGCUCCCUCAGCUCACCUACCUGGACGGGUACAAUGUGGAGGACCGAGAGGCAUCUGACGUGGAUUGGGUGGACGACGACGAUGAGGGAGGAAUGAAGGAUGAGGAUGGAAAGGAGGAAGACUUUGACGAGGAGGAUGAUGAAGUCAGCGGCGACGAAGAGGAAGAAGACCUUGGUAUUGAUGAUGAGGACGACAAUGAUGAUGAAGUUGAGGUUGUCCAAGGAGAGAAGAGAAAGCAAGAGCCUGACAACGAUGAUUAUGAGCAAAAAACGACAGCCUAUCAAGUUACCAACCCCUUCCCUCUCCACCCUGACACCCACCCUGCCUACGCCACGUCUCUCUCCCAGCUUUGAGCCCGUCUAGGGCAAGACUGUACCAGACGGUUGGUUCGAGUGGAGCUGCCUGUGCCCCAUGGAAUCGAGAGACAUUCCCAAGGUUCUCAAGCAGCGCUUUACUCCGCAUUCCACAAUUUCACUGUCAACUCCCCUUUAUGUAUACCUGUGUGAGGAUUUCAGGAUUGGUAUUUCAUUUUGGGUCUGUGCUUUUAAUAUUUUUAUUGGAUGAAUUAUGAAUACAUUGUUAGGUUUACUUCUUACCCCUUUGUCGGCUUUCUUUAUUUUUUCCCCCCCAAUAAAAUUUAUAUAGCAACGGUGCAACAAGCAAGCUGUGAUUUUUGUGUGGCCGCCUGUUGCACAAAUAAAGGUUAUAGCUAAAAAAAAACAUUAUUUCUGUAUGACCAAACUUUGUAAAUAAAAUGUUAACGUUUUGCGCUAGU